AUUGCUUAAUGAAAACCAUCUAGGCUUCGUGCAUCAUUUUCUGAUAGAAUUGGACAAUUAUCACUCAGUAAACUGAUGGUUGAACUUCUUUAUUCAAAAAUGUAUGUCCUUUAUCUUAAUUUUGGGGCAUCUGAUAAGAACUUCCUCUAGAGCCAGGAAACUUUGCAAGUAUGAAGUUGUCUGAAAUGAGGAGACAAAGAAGGAAGGAGCCAGCUGAAAAGAGGAACAGGUUUCUCUGCUUUAAGACAUAAGCAAAAAACAAAACAGAGGUUGGCACACCAGUCUCAAGCUAAGGACCCGGUUUAAGGUGUCAUAUUCUUAUCCAGAAGCAUACAGAUGAAAGUACCUGAUUGCUACCCAGCAGUCAACUGGGAAUUUGUCAGAUGACCUUCUGGAAAACAAAUGGGCCUAAGAGCUUUCAUAAUCACCUUUGACCCAUAAUCUCUAAAGAAUUCCAUUGGGAUUGUACCUGUGAAUUAGGCCACCUUAUAUCACUAAACAUCAUCACUUGUGCAAAAUGCUGAAUGACAACUGUGGAACUACUUCAGCAGGCAGCUCUAUAGGAAUUUUUCUUUUUGUACUAUUGGUGAUGUGUGGAGUUGGGUGUUUUUGGCACUGGAAGCGCCAUAACACGGCACAUUUUACCUUACCAAGUUUUUUGCAAAAGAGAAGAAGCAGAAAGAAAGUCCUUCCUAAAACAUUCUGCUUUCGCUCCCAUAUUUUCCAUUCAAGGCAGAAAAUAUCAGUGCAAACCCAAGACCACAAAUCUGCUACUGGAACAACUACGAUCCAUGAUGACGACUAUGAAAAUGUACAAACAGAUCCUCCUACAAAUAAAGAAACUGCAAAGGACAUAUAUGAGAACACUCAGCCAUCCAAUUUUGAGGACCACAUCUAUGGAAAUGAGAUUGCAUCUGAUUAUUGUAACUUCCAGAAGCCUAGUACUUCUGAAGUCCCUCAAGACGAAGAUAUAUAUAUUCUUCCAGAUUCAUGUUAAUUUUUUUUUAAGACUACAUUUAGUGACCCAGGAAGAGACAUAGUAGAUAAAGUAUUGGACUUGGAAGCAUGAGGUUCUGAAUUUGAUCCUUUGUAGCAUAUAUACCAAAGUAAUGUUCUAGUUCCCACCCUCUCUCUCAUAAGAGAUAAUAAUAAAAUAAUGGUUUUAGUUAUUGGAGGAAGAAAAUAAUUCACUGUGACUUCUAUUGUACUGAUGUACAAUAUUUUCUAAAUUUUUUAUUUUAUUAUUUUUAAGUUUUUUUAUUUUUACAUUUUUGUUUUUUUUGUUUAACCAGAGCAAUGCUCAUCUCUGACUUACAGUGGUGCUGGGGAUUGAACCUUGGAGCUUCAGGCAAACCUGAAAAAGGAAAACCUGAAAAAAGGAAAACCUUUUUGCAUCACCACUAUGCUAGCCAUCCCACCCUACCUUAGCCCUGAUAUCAAUAUUUGUCAAAUGUAAAUAUUCAAAUUACAUUGUCUAGACCAACACUCAAUGUUGUUCAAAUGGCAGGAGUUUGAUUGUGCAUUUUGUUAUAUAACUUUCAAAGCAAUA